GGCAUUGUCUGUACUAUUUUGUAAAUUAGUAUACUGUUACGUGUUUCCAACAUGUUAAUUUCAUGUAUAUGGUAUACAGUUCUGUGCUUUUUCAUCCAAAAACACGACACACACUCAAACACGCACACAUAUUAUAAUCACUUUUCUACCACUUGGUGGCGAGAUUGCAACAAGGUCCCAAGAAGAGGAAGCCGUAGUAGUAGAAGAAGAAAUUAACCGGAAGUUGGUAUUCAUUGACUUUGGAAGAAUAAUAAAUGUAUUUAAUACUAUCCGAUAUCAGUGUAUCAACCUCUCUUUUUCUCUCUUAAUUUAAAAUUUCAAGUGAGAUGACUUGCCCGUUUAAACUGACUGCAAAUACUCGUUAGCAUGUUCGCUUCCAAAGCGAACAAGCUCAUCCAGAGACUGCUUUUUCCAUUUAAACGGCGGCGGUAUGGCGACGUCGCGAUGGAGAAAAGCUCCCCGGUCUCCGAUUCCUCUCGGCUGGUUUUGGGUAUUGAGACGAGCUGCGACGACACCGCAGCGGCCGUGAUCAGUGAGACGGGCACUAUCCUGGGCGAGUGCCUCCACUCUCAGAAAGAGGUGCACCUCAGGACGGGUGGCAUCGUCCCCACUGUGGCCCAGCAGCUCCACAAGGAGCACAUCGAGCGUGUAGUCCAGGAGGCGUUGGAGAGGAGCGGCGUGGACCCACGUCAGCUGUCGGCCGUGGCCACCACGGUGAAGCCGGGCCUGGCCCUGAGCUUGGGCGUGGGCCUGGAGUUCAGCCGGAGUUUCGUCAGGCGCCACAGCACGCCCUUCAUCCCUGUCCACCACAUGGAGGCCCACGCCCUGACUGUCCGCUUACUCCAGCCUGUCCCCUUCCCCUUCCUGGUGCUGCUGGUCUCAGGCGGGCACUCACUGCUCGCUGUGGCUCGUGGCGUGGACGAUUUUCUUCUGCUGGGUCACACUUUGGAUGAAGCUCCAGGUGAUACUUUAGAUAAGGUGGCAAGACGUCUGUCGCUGACCGAGCAUCCACGAUGCUCCACGCUGAGCGGAGGACAGGCUAUAGAGCUCCUGGCUCAGCAGGGCGACCACUUGAGGUUUCCUUUCAGGACGCCCAUGGGACAAACGUACGACUGCUGCUUCUCUUUUUCCGGCCUACGAAAUCAAGUUAACACGACUAUAGAGAAAAAAGAAGCAGAGGAAGGAAUCGAACGCGGAACUCUGCUGUCCUGCGUGAACGACAUAGCGGCGGCGACGCAGCAUACGGUCGCGUGUCAUCUGGCCAAGCGUACGCAUCGCGCCGUCCUCUUCUGUAAGGCCAACGGACUGCUGCCCUCGCUUGCGCCGACAUUGGUUCUGUCGGGAGGCGUGGCAAGCAAUCAGUAUAUCCGCAAAGCUCUGGGCAUCAUCGCCGAGGCAACCGGCCUGCGCCUGCUCUGCCCUCCCGCCAAAUUCUGCACCGACAAUGGCGUGAUGAUCGCGUGGAACGGAGUUGAGCGACUCAGGGAAGGGAAGGGAAUUCUGCCUCCCGACGCGGACGUCAGCUACGAGCCAAAGGCACCACUGGGCGUGGACCUAACAUCCCAGGUGAAGGCGGCGGCCAUCAAGGUGCCGUCAGUCCGGAUCAAGAUCUCAUAAACUUUGACAACUUCAGCAGAUUCACUCAUGUGGAUGUCAUAAACGCUUUUCAACGAUUCUUCAUCGAUGAAGCGGGUGUUAUUUUGGGGAAUCGUGACUUGCGGAAGGCCAUUUUGCCAGAUUUGUCCAGUUGUAACAGAUGUGAAGCGCAUGGGACAUGACGUGAUGUCAACACCAACGGUCAGAUUUUAUUUGUUUGUUCCAGACAGUUCCAGACACAAAAGCGUCUUUAAAAUGUACACAAAUCUCCAACCCCGAUUUUGAAAUCACCUUGAUUCCGACAUUUCCAUCUCUGGCACCGUUUUAUCAAUUAAACAAACCCUCCUGUUCUGCUGCGG